ACUAAAUAAAAAUAGGAUUUGGGUGUCUCGAAACUAGCCCUCGGCCUCGGGUGUUCCAAUCCAUUACCUUUCUGCCUGAGAGGAGGAAAUCUCAAUGAACAAUCGGGAAGAACAAGCUGACCAGACCGGCUCUUAUACUUCAAACCAAGUCCCGAAUCCAUGUCCAAUCUGCCUUGCGCCCUUGGUUAAGGAAUCCUAUCUCGAUGCAUGUUUCCAUAAGUUUUGUUACAACUGUAUUGUACAGUGGAGUAGGGUGGUUGCUAGCAAGAGCUCCGGCCAAUCAGCCUCUAUAAAAUGUCCUUUAUGCAAGACAGACAACUUUUCAAUAAUCGCUGGGUUUGAUGGAACCUGUUUUCAGCGACAUUAUGUAGAUCAAGAUUUUGGGAAUAGAUUUACCUUUUCAAAAGCACACAAGUAUAGAUUACAGUGCUAUUACAGUGAACCAGGUAUCUUAAAUGACAUAUUUGAUGUAUCACGGUUUUGGAAAUCCCGCAAGUAUCGUCAAUCAAAUAUGUGGCUUCAGAGUUGGUUGAAAAGGGAACUUCAAGCUUUAAUGCAGGAGGAAGAUGUUGACAUAGUUGUGCAUCACAUACAUGGUGUAAUUGAAUCAUUCUGGACAAGAAUUGAACACACUCGUGUAGUAUUAAAGAAACCUGCUGAAGCAUAUUGGCAAGACAACUUCAGGAUUGCCAUCACUGAAGCAGCAAAGCCUUUUCUAUUAGCAAGAACAGAUCGGUUUGUGAACGAACUGGAGUUAUUUCUUGCUUCAGGAUUGAACAUUGAAGCCUACGAUGCAGUGUACAUCCAACGCUUGGGUUGGAACACUUCAGUUUCUACUUUGGGGAAUUCUGCAAGCACCCACCUUCCAAACCAUUAUGUCGAUGUCAAACUGUCUGCCAUUGUAGGAGGAGAUUGGUGAGAUUGCUGCUCCAAUAGCAAUCUUAUUGGUGGUUUGGACAAAGCCCGAACAGAGCAAGUUGUAACAUCCAGUGGCUUGAUAUGCGUCAGUCUGUCAAUUCAAAGCCAAUUAGCAGUUGGUUUGUUUUUCAAGGAAAAAUAAAUAUUUUCAAGCUUGAUUCCAAGAUGUUACUCACUGUCCAGUAUGUGAAGAAUCUAGGGUAAUUAUCUCCAUAUAAUUCAGGGCUAACCUGAAGUAGCAUGAAUGCAAUUGUUCAUUAGAUUUAGAAGCAUGCAGAAGAUGGUGGUUCAACAGCUUAAACAAAAGAAUUUUGCACGUUGAUAAGUGAAAGCAACUUGGAAAAGGGUUU